AUGCAAAAGCAGCACCGGAUUUGCGUAAAACCCACUUGAUUGCUUCACCUUCCUCAUCUCUCUCUCCUUAUUAAUUAACUUGAAUCCUAAGUAUGAUUUAGUCCUCUUCUCUUUAAAUCAUCAUAAAAUGUUUCUUGAUUUUUCUCCUCUUCCAACAUAAAAUAAAUUUAGGAAAACAAAAACACUGUACCCACUUCCUCUCUAACUAUCUAUCUAUAUAUAUAUACACAUGUUCAGAUCAUCAACUGACCUUCCUUCUUAGUUGAUAGCUACUUAUUUAAGAUUGUUUCACUUGCAAAAAAGAAAAAAAAUAACACUGUCCUCCCCAAGCUAUAAUCUUUCAGGCAAAAAUGAGGAGACAUUCUUGCUGCUUAAAGCAAAAAUUAAGGAAAGGUUUAUGGUCACCAGAAGAAGAUGAGAAACUCUACAAUUACAUUACUAGAUUUGGCGUUGGCUGCUGGAGUUCUGUUCCUAAGUUAGCUGGUCUGCAAAGGUGUGGAAAGAGUUGCAGAUUGAGAUGGAUUAACUACUUAAGACCUGACCUUAAGAGAGGAAUGUUCUCGCAGCAAGAAGAGGAUCUUAUAAUCAGUCUUCAUGAAGUUUUGGGUAACAGAUGGGCUCAAAUUGCAGCGCAGUUACCUGGAAGAACAGAUAAUGAGAUAAAGAAUUUCUGGAAUUCUUGUUUAAAGAAGAAGCUUAUGAAACAAGGUAUAGACCCAACAACCCACAAGCCAAUAAUUACUGGUCAUGAAACGGAAGUGAAAGACGAGAGGGACUGUAUGGAUCAUAAGGAAUCAAUAUCCUUGCAAAUACCACAGUCUAAAGGGCUACUAUCAUCAUCAUCAUCAUCAAUUAUAUCAAACGUACAGGAGCCAACAUUUCUCAUUAACGAUACAACAACUUACUAUAGCAAUGGCUUAACAGAAACUUCAAGAGAACAAUUCAUCAUGGCCAACAGCAACAACAACAAGAAGCAAGCUUACGAUCCCUUAUCAUACUUUGAGUUUCCUGCUAGUGUCGAGCCAGGUGGGUAUAAUUAUAAUAAUAACUCAACUAUAAGAAUGUUUGAUCAAAAUCAAUUCGAAACGAGCUCAAACUUUGCAUUCACUUCGAUGCCAAGUUUAGCAAGUUUUGAUCAUGGAAGCAUAAGCGCAACGGAUUUCUCUGACAGUUCAGCUUCGAGAUUGAGUUCCAUGUUCUUGAACGAUCAAGCAAAAGAAAGUUCAAGCAAUAGCUCAAACAUAAGCAAUUACACGGGAUAUCACAUUAACAAAAUGGUGGAGGAUAAUGCAGCUUUCUCUUGGGAUACUGAUAAUAAAUUUGACGCGAUGUUUCAGUUUCCAGUGAACGGAAUCAAGACUGAAGAAUUGAGGCAGAGUUCACGGCAAGAUACUCAGCAUUCAGUAGAUUUCAGUAGCUAUCCGUUAACGUCGCUGUCAGAAGAUCUAACAGGCGCAAAUUUUGAUGUCUUCCACCAGAUAUCAUGAACUGUAAAUUCAUUCUUUUUUCCUUUUAGAAAAAAAAAAGAAAGAAAAUUACCUUCUCUUAUGUCUCUUUAAACAAAUACAUGAGAUGUUGAUAGUACAGGAGUGUUUGAGAUUCUUCAUUUUCAUAUUUUUUUAAUUGUUAACGAAAUGAUCGAUCAA